AUGGCAACAAGUUUAAGAGAGCUUUGUAAAGAUAGAAUUUUAAAUGAAAUGGUUAGAACUAUUACACCAGAAGCAAGUAAUGGUUGGAAAGCUUUGAUUGUAGAUCAAGAUUCACUUAGAGUUAUUUCAGCAUGUUGCGGAAUGUUUGAUAUUAUGGAAGAGAAAGUUACAGUUGUUGAAAAAAUUGAUAAUCCAAGACAACGUCUACCAAAUUUAGAAGCAAUUUAUUUUCUUACACCAACUGCACAAUCAAUUGAUUUAUUAAUUAAUGAUUUUAAAAAGAAAUCUAGCCCACAUUAUUUAGCAAUUCACUUAUUUUUAACUUCAAAAUUACCAGAAGUAGAAUUUAAAAAAUUAUCAGCGUCAUUAGCAGUACAUAGAAUUAAAACAUUUAAAGAGAUUAAUUUAGAAUUUUUAGCGAUUGAAAGUCAAGCAUUUCAUUUAGAUCAAAAUAAUACAUUAUUUCAAUUAUUUUCACCAGAUUCAAUCGAUCCAACAGAGGAGCAAGCAAAGAUUGCAACACGUUUAGUAUCGUUAUGUGUAUCAUUGAAUGAAUGUCCAAUCAUUCGUUUCUCACGUAGUCAUCCAGUAUCAGCAAUGAUUGCAGGUUUUACACAAGAGAAAUUGGAUAAUGUUAUGAGAACGGUCAAAUCAUUCAAACCAAACGAUGACCGUUCAACAUUAUUAAUUUUAGAUCGUACUCAAGAUCCAUUAGCACCAUUAAUUCACGAAUUUUCAUAUCAAGCAAUGGUUUAUGAUCUCUUUGAUAUUGAAAAUGAUAAAUUUUCAUUCGAUACAGUCACAAAUGCUGGCGCCACAUUAAAGAAGGAUGUAUUAUUGGGUGAAACGGAUUAUAUGUGGUCUGGUUUACGUCAUCAACAUAUUGCUGAUGUCUCCACCAAUUUAACAACCCGUUUAGAUGAAUUUUUGAAAACUAAUCAAGUAUCACAAUAUGGUCAACAUACUGGUUCCUUAAAGGAGGCAGGUGAGGUUGUACGUUCCUUACCACAAUAUCAAGAGAUGAUGGGUAAAUACUCUGUACACAUCAAUUUAGCAGAUCGUGCCUCUGCCAAAUUCCCAGAGCUCGAACAGUUGGCAUACCUCGAACAAGAUUUAGCAACAGGUGAGGAUGCCAAUGGUAAUUCUCCAAAGAAUGUCACAGGUCGUCUUUCAAAUUAUUUAUCAGAUUUCUCUGCAGAGAAGUAUAAUAAAAUUCGUUUAUUGAUGAUGUAUAUCAUUAGUCAAGAUGGUAUCAAGGAGGAAGAUCGUCGUAGAUUAAUGGAAAUGGCUGGUAUCUCUCAAAGUGAACAAAAUGCUUUCACAAAUUUACGUUAUCUUGGUGUGACACUAAUGAAAGGUGCCAAAGGUAAGAAACCAAUUUCACCUCCAAAGAAUAGAAAAUCAGAGUCUGGUAAUGUACCUUAUGAGGUAUCUCGUUACGUUCCUGUAGUAAAGGAUAUCGCUGAGAAUAUUAUCAAUGAAACUUUACCAAGCACAGAUUUCCCAUUCGUAAAAGAGGAACCAAUCGCUCGUGCCACAAAUGCACCAGUCUCAAAGGUUUCCCUUAAAGGUAAAUCAAAACAACCACGUUGGGCUGACCCAAAUGUACAAGUUGAAGAAACUAAAUACUCUGGUUCCAAAUUAAUCAUUUUCGUCAUUGGUGGUAUGACUUUUUCUGAAAUGAGAUCAAUCUAUGAAUUAUCUUCUCAUUAUAAAAAGAAUAUUUAUAUUGGUUCUACAAAUAUUUUAUUACCAAAGAAAUAUAUUGAUCAAUUAUUAACUUUAAAAAAUGAAUAA